UCCGGACAGGUAUAUGUAGUUCACCACAAUCAGGAGCUUUUUAAGUAAUGCUAGAUUUGAAUGUGAAACUCACCGCUGCAUGAACCUCAUUUAGUUCUUUUGAAAGUAUUUAAUCAAGAACUUUUACACAGAGCGGUUGGACAUGAAACUCGGAUGCAUGAAGUCUUGAAGGCAGACUAUUGACGAGGUUCUGAGGUCACAACAAGUUUACACAUUGAAGAAAGUUCAGAUGGGAGUGGUGGUUCACAGAUAGGAAAUAAUUAGAGCAAAAGUUAGCUUGUGGGUUACGAACGUUAGCUGGCUCAGACGGCUGUUCCUGCUUCAGAGAAUGAAAUGGAGUUUUAUCUUUCUAAUGCAACACAGUGGAAACAAUCAUCCCACUGAAAUGGAAGAGAAUUCCAAGUUCUGAAGUUCACAUUCAACGACUCAGAGUGCGUUCAGUUUUCAGGGACAGUACAAGCUCGAGGAUGAACACAUCAACCUUUUAAUCUUUGGAUAAAGAAGAACUGAUGGAAGUUCUGAGGAAGGUAAAUUUCGUGUUGAUUUGAAGGAAGUUGCUACUCACAUUCGUGGAUACAAUUGCACUUUUGUACAAAAACAGUUGAACUAUUUGCAUAUUUCUUCCAGUACUGCCUUUCGGGUGAUUACAUUUCCAAAGAUUUUUUUUUAAUAUUCAUUAUUUUUAAGAUAUGGAAGGCCAGGAUAAUUGCAAAUCAUAUUUCAACCAUGAACACGUACACGAAUUUGAAGUUCAAUUUCAAAUUAAGGUUUUUCUUACAAUAUUGUACAGCAUUAUUCUUGUGGCAGGGAUAAUUGGAAAUACUGUAACAAUAAAGGUCGCACAGGUUCUCCAAAAGAAAUGCUACCUUCACAAAAGUGUUGCUGAUCACAUCAUCAGUCUUUCCUGUGCCGAUUUACUUGUCCUGUUACUGGGAAUGCCUGUGGAAUUAUACAGCGUGUUAUGGUUUCCAUUUUCAACAUCAAGUGGAAACGCAGCCUGCAAGGUUUAUAACUUCCUCUUCGAAACCUGCAGCUACGCCACAAUACUGCAUGUUGCUACUCUGAGUUUUGAACGUUACAUUGCAAUUUGUCAUCCAUUAAAGCACAAGUCUGUAUCUGGUUCAAGAACAGUGAAGCUGAUUUGCUUUGUCUGGCUGACUUCCUUUAUUAUAGCCUUGCCACUCCUCUUUGCAAUGGGCCAAGAGGAUCCAACAGAGCUCUCUGCUGAUAGAGACCACAAUCCGUAUCGUAUUAACUGUGAUAAUAGGAAAUCAAACCGCACCAUUUGCACCAACCUCAGCUCCAAAAGGGUCGUCUUCCAAUCAAGUGUUUUCAGUGCUUUUGCCCUUUAUAUUGUGACUCUUGUCUCAGUGGCAUGCAUGUGCAAAAUGAUGAUGAACACUUUACUCAAUAUGGAGUUUGAGAGCAAAGAGGACUUCUCAAAACAAAGGAAUACAAAGGUAUCAAGAAAACAGAGCAUUGUGUUUUUAGGAUGAAAUGGGUUCUUCCGGUCCUUCAAGCUGGCCCCCAACAAACACAUUAACCCUAACCUAAACACUGGACAAUUUACAAUGACCAACUAACCUACCCAGGAUACCUUUGGACUGUGGAAGGAAACAUGAAGACCCACGCAUUCCACAGGGAGAAUGUGUACAUAAGAACAUAAGAACAUAAGAGAUAGGAGCUGGAGUAGGCCAAUCGGCCCCUCAAGCCUGCUCUGCCAUUCAACAAGAUCAUGGCUGAUCCAAUCUUAACUCUAGUUUUCACUGAAUCCCACAAGGCAACAGUGCCAACCAACAGGGCACCAUGCCGCCUAUUUUAUUUUAUUAUUCAUCCUGCCCAAACCCAUGUGAUCACCCGGGGAAAAAGAAAACGAUUUGCCAAUUGAGGAGAAAAAAUCUGGAAAAUUCCUCUCCGACCCAUCCAAGCUAUCGAAAACUGGUCCAGGAGAUCACAUGGCUGAUCUAAACCUAGCCUCAUGUCCACUUACCUGCUCGCUCACCGUAUCCCCUAAUGCCAUUUUUAUCCAGGAAAAUGUCUAUCUCCAUUUUGAAUUUAUUGAGUGUAGUAGCUUCCACAGCUCUCUGGGGCAGUAAAUUCCACAGCCCCACUACCCUCUGAGUGAAGAAAUUUCUCCUCAUCUCAGUCCUGGAAUGGCAUCCCCUUAUUUUAAGACUAUGCCCCCAGUCCUAGUUUCACCCAUCAUUAGGAACAUUCUCCCCGCAUCCACCCGAUCAAGCCCCUUCACAAUCUUAUAUGUUUCAAUAAGAUCACCUCUCAUUCUUCGGAACUCCAAUGAGUAGAGUCCCAAUCUACUCAACCUCUCAUCAUACAUCAACCCACCCAUCCCCGGAAUUAACCAAGUGAACCUUCUCUGCACUGCCUCGAGAGCCAGUAUGUCCUUUCUUAAAUAUGAACACCAGAACUGCACGCAGUACUCCAGGUGUGGUCUCACCAAUACCCGGUACAACUGCAGUAAGACCUCCCUGUUCUUAUACUCCAUCCCCCUAGCAAUAAAAGCCAGCAUUCCAUUGGCCUUCUUGACCACCUGCUGCACUUGCAUACUAACUUUUUGUGUUUUCUGCACCAGGACCCCCAGAUCCCUUUGCACAGAAGCACUUUCCAGUUUCUCUCCAUUUAGAUAAUAACUUGCUCUAUUAUUUUUCCUGCCAAAGUGCAAGACCUCACACUUGUCAGUAUUAUAUUUCAUCUGCCAAAUGUCUGCCCAAUCACUCAGCCUAUCUAUGUCCCCCUCCAGGGUUUCAAUGUCCUCCACACUCAUUACACUCCCUCCCAUCUUUGUGUCAUCAGCAAACUUCGAUAUGUUGCACUUAGUCCAAAUCAUUAAUAUAGAUUGUAAAGAGUUGGGGUUCCAACACCGACCCCUGCGGAACACCACUAGUCACCAACUGCCAGUCUGAGAAUAAACCAUUUAUCCCAAAUCUCUGUUUUCUGUUAGAAAGCCAAUCCUCCACCCAUGCCAGAAUAUUAUCCCCAAUCCCAUGAUUUUUUACUUUAAGUAAUAAUCUUUGGUGUGGCACCUUGUCAAAUACCUUUUGGAAGUCCAAAUACACCACAUCCACUGGUUCCCCUUUAUCUACCCUAUAUGUUAUGACCUCAAAGAACUCCAACAAAUUUGUCAAACAUGACUUCCCUUUUGUAAAGCCAUGCUGACUUUAUCCUAUUAAGCUAUGUUUAUCCAAAUGCCCUGUUACUGUUUCCUUAAUUAUCGAUUCCAACAUUUUGCCAACCACAGAGACUCCUUACAGAGGAAUCUGGGAUUGAACUUCAGACUCCAGAACACCCUGUGAUGUAACAGCAUUGCCCUAACUGCCACGCUACUGUGGUGCUAUUUUAAUGAGUUUAUGGUGAGUCUUCACCCUCAAACCCACUCUUCCCCCACUCUGUCCAUAUUCUUGGAUCUCUUUAAUAUCCAAAAGGCAAUUUCUCUGCUUUCUGACCCUGUCCCAAGGGAAAUGGAUCCAAGGGUGUUAUUCACCCUACUCCUUAUAAACAUAAACAAACCACUUAUCCCUCAUGGGUGCGUUGUUCCAGUCCUGACUAGGAUACCAAGGAUUUUUACUUUUAUGACCUGCUAGCAAUUUGCGAAGUCAGACAACUUGGAUCAUAUCCACGUGGACUGCAUCAAUGGCAUUAAAUGUUAUUUGUCUUCCUCAUUACCUUACCAAUGAUAUCUGCUGAGUCACUGCCUUCUCUGACUGUUCCUGAUUAACCUAUGACUUGCGAAGUUAAGGUUGAUACCAUCACUUAGAAUGGAUUCCAUUGACUUGUCUACCACUGAAAAUAAACUAAAUGGAACAUGAAAUUUGGUUUCCCCAUCCUCCCUUUGUAA